GGCAACCCUAAGAAAAAAUUACCGAGUCACAGGGACAUUACUAAUUUCCGUUGAUGACAUUAGCGUUUCGCUGUGGGACGAUUCUCGUUGUUUGAUCUCAGUACGCAUUCGGUUGGUGAAGUUGUUUCUAUAGAUAGAAUUCAUUUCAAUCAUGAUUCAUUUUGUUCUUUCCAUAAGCCGCCAAGGAAAAGUUAGGUUGACAAAAUGGUAUUCACCUUACACACAGAGAGAAAGAACUAAGGUAAUACAAGAGCUUAGUGGGAUGAUUCUAACACGAGGCCCCAAGCUAUGCAACAUUGUCGAAUGGAGGGGAUUUAAAGUUGUUUAUAGGAGAUAUGCUGGUCUCUACUUUUGCAUGUGUGUUAACCACGAAGACAACGAAUUGGAGAUCCUUGAAAUUAUUCAGUAUUUUGUUGAGACCCUUAAUCGCUACUUUGGAAGUGUUUGUGAACUAGACUUGAUCUUCCAUUUUCAUCAGACUUAUUAUAUACUGGAUGAGAUCUUAAUAGCAGGCGAACUUCAGGAAUCAAGCAAGACAACAGUUCACCGACUAAUAGAUGCGCAGGCUGUACAGGAAUAGUGUUGUGGCGCGCACGCAUGUGUGUACUCUAAUCUAAACUAUAGUCUAUAGAUUUAUUACAACCACCUAGACGAUUGCAUACCGCUGAUCAGCAGGCUUCUCUGCUUUCCUUGACUGGUCUUCUGUUUGGUUGGUGUCAUCUUUGGAUUUGGAUGAUUCAACUUGAUUCUUCUUCACAGGAGACUCUUUAGACAAGAUCUUCUCAAGUAAAGUCUGUUAGCAUCUUUCUUUUUCUAUCCAUGGUCUGUGGAACAACAUC